GUGUAUCCUAAUCAAGUCGCCAUUCCUCGCUUUCGCAUCCCUCCUUCCGCUCCAGGACAACGGAGAGCAGUAUACGAGCUGCUUAGAAAUCAUCAUUACGAUCGCACCACCUCUAUACGCAGCUAUAUCGAUUGACAGCGUUCAACAUGUUCGAGCUUCAAAUCAAGAAUGCCAGUGCGGACGUAGCGAGAAACGCAUGGCGACUUUCUCGUACUCGAACUAGAAGCCUAGCGACGGCCGCGGGCGUCGACAAGCAGACUCAGUUCUCCCGCAAACUGGCCGAUGGCCCUUCUUUCGACGAUUUCGUUGGAGGAGAUGAGAUCGCACAGGGUACAAGGGUCAGCUUGGGUAACCUUAAAACGCCUCGUCUGCCCUCGCAUUUGAAAGCCAAGAUUCCUACAGGAGGAUCAUAUGCAAGCAUCAAGAAAGACCUUCGGGGUCUAGGUCUACACACCGUCUGCGAGGAGGCGAGAUGUCCUAACAUUGGAGAAUGCUGGGGCGGCGGUAAAGACGGAGUUGAAGGCAAGCGUGGAGCGACCGCUACGAUUAUGUUGAUGGGAGAUACCUGCACCAGAGGCUGUAGAUUCUGCUCGAUCAAGACCUCUCGAGCGCCUCCACCACUCGAUCCCCACGAACCCGAAAACACGGCCGAAGCCAUCAGCCGAUGGGGUCUUGGUUACAUCGUCUUGACUAGCGUGGACCGUGAUGAUCUGAUCGAUGGCGGAUCGAAGCAUAUCGCAGAGACCAUCAUGAAGAUCAAGCAAAAGGCACCGGAUAUCUUGGUUGAAGCCUUGGCUCCCGACUUUUCUGGAAACGUCGAGAAUAUCGAGACAGUGGCCCUAUCAGGCCUCGAUGUCUUUGCCCAUAACGUCGAGACUGUACCUCGAUGUACGCCUUUCGUACGAGAUCGCAGAGCGAACUUUGAACAGAGUAUCGGGGUGCUCAAACGAGCCAAAGAAGCAUCAAGAGUUGCCGGACGCGAGGUCAUUACGAAGACGAGUAUCAUGUUGGGAGUCGGCGAGACCGAAGCCGAGGUCAAAGAAGCUUUGCAGCGCCUACGAGAUGUCGAGGUUGAUGUCGUCACCUUCGGUCAAUACAUGCGACCCACCAAAAAGCACAUGAAGGUCGACCGAUACGUCGAACCGGCCGAGUUUGAUGUCUGGCGUACGGUAGCCGAGAACAUGGGCUUCUUGUAUGUGGCAUCCGGUCCCUUGGUCAGGAGCAGUUACAAGGCGGGCGAAUUCUUCCUGCACAAUGUUCUUAAGAAACGGAGGGAAGCGGCGGCCAAGGUCGAUGCUGGCAGGUUGGUCGCCGCCGGUGAAGCCGCGGUUCAGCUAGACUCGCACAAGAACAAGCAAUAAUAGUCGCGGUCUGGUACGGUUACCGUUUGUAUUAUUCUGGACGCCUACAGGUAUGCUGCAUGACGUUUACACUACAUGACAACCAUGUUGUAUACCGUUGCCAUGGGUCCUUUUUUGACUUUGCUGCCGAGAAGAAAUUCCGAGGAGA